CUGGGUCCAUGUGACGCAAACUCUUUGUAUCCUUUGUGACGCAGAAGUCUGAAAUGUUUCAAGGAUUACCUAUAUAAGUACGAGAAAGACGGACAGCGAGGCUUUUUAAAACCUCACUACUGUUCUGGAAAACUACGCUGCUUAGAACACUAACUACACAAACGCCUGCCACCUUUCGUUUUUUGGACUGGCUUGAACUUUCGCUAACUUGGAAUACCCGCUGGGACGAACAUUUGCUUGUUUGGGAACACUCGUUCAAGAAUGGUCUUGUUCUUUUGGUCAUGACCCACAGCUCGUGACCAUAGGUGAGGGGAGGAACGUAGAUAGGCCGGUAAAGAGAGCUUUGUCCCUUUUUCACCACAACGGACCAAUAGAAAGACCAGAUAUGCACUAUUUGUUGUAAUACAGAUGCCGUGGUGGUAUUUGCUGAUUGGAAGACUCUCAUCGGAGAGGCGCCAUGGCCGGACCAGGGAAGACCGAGGGCCCAAGAGGUGGCAGUGUUGUCUGCUGGGUCACGUGUAUCCUUGUCUUUGGUGCCAUGGUCCAACUCUGCUGCGCAAUGACGGAGGGUGACAAAUUGGAGAAGGUCCAGCGACUCCACAUAAGAUGGAAAAGCAGUACCCAGGACCGUACUCAAGGAGACUACACCUGUCCAGCUUAGCGAGCUUGCGGCGUGGUAAACGUCACCAGCAAUUGUCAGAUGUGGAAGUGCAAAAAGUGCCUUGGAGGAAAGGGCAUCCCGGUGGUGGAACAAGGAUGCAACUUAACCGUCACUUCAGUAGUCCCCAUGUGCCACUACAACAGGACGACCAAGACCUGCAAUGAGCACAACUGGACGAGGUGGACGAUUACCGUAAAAGAAACCCUUUUUUUUUUUUUUUUUUAACAGCACUGAAAUCUCGGGACGGAACACAUUUUUGUAUAUAAUAUGGGUGUUACCUGGGAAACCUAAUGCUACAAGAACACACAUAGCACCAGUAUUAGAUACCUGUACACACAUGGCACAAGCCAGGGUUAAAACCCGAGUGUACUGGGAAAUAAAAUUCCCCGAUAUACCACACUGUACACGAAGACGUAGAGCUUGGUAUGAUACACUCUUAGGAGGAAUGGGAACACUGUAUGGUGUAGCUAAUGCUGCAGAUAAUGAAGUAACCAGAACAAUGUUAUCUAACACAGGGCAACAUGCAUCAGAGGCUAUACAUCAAGUAGGGGUAUGGCUUCCAAAAGCUAUGAUAGGGCAAUUGGAAAACACAGGUGUUUGGAAAAAGGCAUUUACGUGGGAGUUAAAAUUAUGGAAUGAAACAUAUGAUGCGUUAAAGAAUCUAUCACAUAUGGGUAAUUGGACAACCUGUGCAUUGCAAAUGAUACAUGCGGAAGCUCAAAAAAAGCGAUUCCAGAGAAUAAUGACAACGGGAAAUUAUCACGAAUGGAGACGGGUUUGGAAUAUUUGUAGCAAACUUUGGUUACAGUUACACUCGGAACGAACAAAAUGCAACAGUACAUAUUGUGCUGGGUAUUGGACUCAGUACAAUGUGUCUACUGUUAAAACGAUAUGCAAGUAUCAAGUAUUACCGAUGAUUACUACUACAGGAUUUUGGUUUCUACAUCUGGAUGGAGAGUGGAUGGAUGUGGGAACAAAUACGACUUAUAAGAUGAAAAUGUGUGACGAAACAGACAGAGGAAUGGCGUGUAUAUUACAACAGGGACACAGCAAUCCAUGUUUAACCGACUCAGAGGCUGUACUUUGUGAUUGGACUAGGGAGCCACGAAGGGAGAUGUUGUGGCAAAUCGGACCACAUGCUCUAUGUGUGGCAACAAUGCAAAAUAAUUCACAAGUACCAUCGGUUCCUUUCGUUGGUUGCUUAUAUAAUGUGCACCUAUGGCAUUGGGGAAACCAGACGUAUCGUUUGACGAAUUACUCUGUACAAUGGGAUGUACUAAAGAAUCCCUGGAACCUCUCACUGGAGCGUUUCAAAUGCGCAUUAGAACAACAUCCACUGAAGUUCAGAAAAUUAUACAGUCACAUACGUCUAACAUCUCUAAGCUCAUGGUGUCCACAUUAGUAGCCAGCGGACGGGUACAACAUGCUGCUAAAAUAGUACAACAGUCCUCAGCCCAUCACUGGUGGGAAAUCUUUUCAGGGAUGUCAGUCACUGCUAGGAGGACUUUGGUGCCCCCUCUGAUUCUGUUGGUUAUUGUAAUAGUAUUGCUAUCACUAUGUAAUCUGCUAACGUGUAUCUACGUAAGACGUAUCCGAGCUGAAGUGGAGUGGGUGAUUAUGCAACGCAUGAGAUGAUUGUACGCCUUGAGAAAAGUAAUGGACACUUUGGUGUCGAGAACUACACUGUAAAGUUGGUGCCUCACCCCACUCAUAUAUACAUUUAUGCUAGAUGGCAAGGAUGUUUAUCACAUCAAUAUAUUCACAGAAACCUAACGUUGCGGGAAUUAUGGUCCAUGUUCUUUCAUGACAUCAUGAAUCACACUGGAAAUGGAAUAGUGUUACCAUCGACGUUUGACGGGUAUAUCAACCAAUAUGUGAAGCCUCAAGAGUGGAAUGAAAGGAGUGUUAAUUAGUGAUGCUUCCCAUAACCGUCGAAUACCCGAAUGUAUUGUGCAACCAUGGUCAUAUAAGUUGUUUUUCACUCACUUGUUUUUCUGGUCAAGACGUCUUGACCGUUUCACUAUCGUGUUCGCAUGCAUACGCUCACAUGCAUACCAAAGACGAACAUUGUUGUAGGAUGUCUUGACAGUUAUGGCUGCGUAAGAUGUUUCUCAGAGCCUGAAGGACACACUCAGGUGUCAAUAGUAAAUCGGCUACAAUUGUUGCGGUGCCAGGUGGGACGGGUAGGCCACCCGUCCUUUCUCUUGCACGCAACUGAAAAGUAUAAUAGAGAGAUGCAGAGUACAAACAGGUAGAGUCUGCUGCGGGUUUCGUACGGACGCCCAGCUGGUUGACAAGCGGACCUCUACCUGGGUGAAUGGCUCUCCACCUUCUCGGCAUAGGU